UUUUGUUGUGCAAUGGCGUCUAAUGUGCAUGUUGUUGGAGACGCAGAUCGGGCGUUCUGACGCAGGGUUCAAUCCGGGUGAGCUCAGGACCCGAGAUGAACUCUUCUGAGAAAGAGCAGAAUAUGAGCAGCGGUUCAUAGAUGAGGGCAGAGCCUGACACUGAUAACACGGACGAGGACGACUGGGGUGCUUUCAAAUGCUAUAAUAAUACAUGUAUUAUUCAUAUUAUCGCAACAUAUAUUUUCCUUCGAAAUUUUAUUCAGCUGGUUGAAGUGAAGAGUGAAGCGUUCAACUGGAAGGGGGAGCUAAAGAUCCCCAGAUUCCAAAAAGCAAAGAGAACCAAGAGUCAUUCAACAUUCAGACUGAGCGAAUAGUCAAAGCAUGAGGGACCAAAGCAUCACGCUGCCUGGCAUAGCAGGGUGUGAUGUACCCGGAAAACACAACAGAUCCGGUCGGUCAGGAUGAGGUGACAUCUUUCACAGAAGAAGCAGUGUCCAUCCUGACAUCCAGCAGCAUGCUGGCACACUCGUUUCUUAUCCAUCCCAGUGGUCUGACGGACAAAGAUUCAUCUGACACUGACGCAUCGCAAUUACCAUCGCAUACCCAAGCCUAUAUUCCUGCAAUACACAACUAUCGUCCCAACGCGAACCCACACUGCACUCAUCAACACCCACCAUCAAUCACACAGUAUGGUUGUCCAGAUGGGCUGCAAAGCAUGCAAGACAGGGCCAAUGCGUCAGAGGAUGGUGGGUUCUCCAUCUCUGAUGAUGCUGUAGGUGAACACAUGAGAGCUUCACCUUACAGAUGUGAAGAAGAGCCAGGAUGUGAACUCACUCCAUCUGCAUAUACAGAUUCAUUCGAUGAGGUGCGGUUAGUGUCAGGGUGGCAGGAGAACAUGAAAGGACUUCCUCAUAAACUGCGCUUUAAGACGUCAGGUGGAUUUGAAGGUGCGGAGGUUCAUCUUCCAGUGGAGAUGGAAAAGAGUUCAAAAAUGUCUCGCCCCUCCUCGCAGUCAGGGUGCAGGUGGACAGAAGGUCUCACAAUGCCACCUACCAAUUCAAAUCACCUCAAAAUAAUCUUACAAUUCAAAAGCCUCAUGUUGUAAAGGAGAACAGUGCUAUUCGAUCUCAACUUAGUUCUCUGAGUGAAGAAGUGCUGAGCUUAAAAAGUUGCUUUUACAAAAGCUUCUUUCAAAAGUGAAUGCAGAUCAGUGAGCAUUUUUGAUUUUCCAUUUUUCCAGUCUGCUCCAAUUUUAAGUUUUACGUUACUAGAUUCAGGAAUAAUACAGGUCUUGUCUUUCUGGUUUCUACAGAAAUGGUUGUUAAUGUUGGAAGUCUCCUUUCCUAACACACCUGAUUCAAAUCCAUAAAAUAAACUGGGUGUAAGAUGAGAGACGUACAAACUGACACUAAAAAACGCCGGUCUACUGUGAUACUAAUGUGUUGUCUUGUGGUUUGUGCCGUCUUGUGGCACAGAGCUUCUAUCACGCUACAACCCAUCACGCUCGCGAAGAUCUCAGAACUCCGGACUUUUGAUAACACCAAGAAUAACUAAAUCCACCAAAGGGGGUAGAGCUUUCUCAUAAGUAGCACCUAAACUCUGGAAUAGCCUUCCCGAUAUUAUUUGGGGGUCAGACACACUCUCCCAAUUUAAGGUGAUACGUCACCCAAAAAUGAAAAUUCCAUCAUCGUUUACUCCCCUUCGAGUUGUUCCAAAUCUGUGUAAAUUUCUUUGUUCUGAUGAACACGGAGAAAGAUAUUUGGAAGAAUGCUUAUAACCAGACAGAUUUUGACUCCCAUAGUAGGAAAAAUUACUUUUAUCAUUUUUUUGUUCUGUUGAACACAAAAUAAGACAUUUUGAAGAAUGUAGGACAGCAAACAGUUCUGGGGCACUUUUGAAAUCUGUCUGGUUAUAAGCAUUCUUCCAAAUAUCUUUCUCUGUGUUCAUCACGCAAAGAAAUUUAUACACAUUUGGAACAACUUGAAGGUGCGUACAGAAUGACAGAAUUUUCAUUUUUGGGUGACGUAUCAUUUCUAGUCUAGAUUAAAGACACAAAAAUAAAUGAACAGCAGCUACGCUAAUUAGUCUCUUUCUGCCCUCCUCCCCAACCUCGGGAUGUCCCGAUUACGCCAGGUCCAGAUGAACGUCAUAUGCCCAUCCCAAACUAGAGAUUACGCCAACUCCAGUUGAACAUCCCGUGCCAUCCUCCUGUGAGAGCCUGCGGACUGACUGACCAUCCCAGCUACAGCUCAGGAAUUUCUCCCAACCAAGAGCAAAGAAGGACUACUUAUUGUCACAUUAAUGCUAAACCGUAUUUACAAUACUUAGUAUUUAAUGCUAAACUUACAUCACACAGCAGUUUGAAGUUAAAGCUGCACUCUCAUGCCAUUACUGUCAUGGCUCUGCUUCCAUAGUCAUGUUUUUCUUGGUCCUGUAGCAGAGUCAUGACAAAGCCUUUGGUUAUGUGUGGAGAGAAACAUAUUAUUGUCCUUUUGACAAUAAUAUACGUUCUCUCCAGUGUCUUGUCUCUGUUCCCGCCAUCUCGUUUCCUCGUUAUCUUUCCCUGAGUGUUUAAUGUCUCACACCUGCCCCUUGUCGUUAUCCCUCGUUUGUGUUUCCUAUAAAUACCCUCUUGUUUCUUUGUCUUGUGUUCGUGGAUUGUGCGUUGUGUACCGUGUAUUGUGGUCCUGUCUAAAUCCCCAGUCAAUGUCAAGUCGAGCCUGUGUAAGUCUGAGUUUGCGUUUCUAUAGUAUUGUUCUUUUACCCUGUCUUAGUUAUAUUUGUCCUGUCAGUUUUUGCAUCUAGUUUUGUUGGUUUGCCCCAUCGUGGGUUUUUGUUUUGUCGUUUUUGUGUUUAAGAAAAUAAAUAUUUGUUAACCCCUUCACUG